AUUGCGAUGUAUUGAAAGUUACCUACACUGUAUUAUCGUGUCUGAGUAGUAAUAGAGCAAAAUGGAUAAACCUCUGAACACAGAGGAUAUAGCAGCAAUGGAAGGCCAACUGCGUCAAAGUAUGGAGGAAGAUCGGAAGUAUUUGCGCGUAAACGAUGUUAAGUGCGACGCUAUUCACACUGCGAAGAGCUACGAAGAGUUUGCAGAUAGAGUAGCAGCAGCCCACUUGCAGCCUUUAGAAAAAAGCGAUUACAAAAAUAAAACAACUAGAAGAUGGAAUCAAUUUGCCGCUAAAAAAGACGAUGAAGAAUAAAAAUAUGUACCUAUAAGAAUUUCUAUUUCUU